CUGCCUCAUUGUGCAGCCGAGGAAGAAUCAGAGUGUGUGGACUGAAGGUAAACUGUGAGUGAUGGGAGCGACCUGGAUCUCAUGGAGAACAACUACAACUGUCCUCAUUACUCUACUACAAAUCCAAGCUCUGAUCAGUGUCAAAAUCAAAGCUGUUACGGGUGUGGAAGGCCAGAGAUUUGACUUCAGAUGUGACUAUGAAAAAAGCUGGCAGAAAAACGCCAAGUACUUCUGCUAUGACAGUGAUGACAGUGAUGACAACAUGUCCUUCACCCAACUGAUACGGACAGAAAAACAUGACCAGUGGCAGAGAAGUGGACGUUUCUCUCUGUACGACAACACCACUGCAGCCUUCUUCAUCGUCAGGGUGGACAAACUCACCUCAGAGGACAGCGGGACCUACAGGUGUGGGGUGGACAUUAGCCUCCGCCCUGACGAUAUCAGAUUCAUACAACUGAAUGUUUCCCGAGCAAAUCCUCUAGAAAAUGUCACACAUCAAAUUACUGGAUCACCCAUCUUUCCAAAGGAAACAGUGGACAAGCUCCACCUGCCGCUGUUCAUGACCGCAGUGAUGUGUAUGGCAGCGAUACUGUUUAUCUGCCUGUUUACACUUUGUCUUCUGCUGGCUAUUAAACAACGGAGACCCGGCCCACGCCAGAGUAGAGAGAUGUCAUCUGACUACGAGACAAUGAUGCCUGGUGUGAGAACUGAACCUGAAUUACGCUGCAGCUGUUCGUCUGUAGACUGCGCUGAUCUUUCAGCUUUACCACCACCACCUCCUGACCUCUGGUCCCACUUUCCGCCUAAGAAUCGGGAGUCCACCGUCACUCUCGGCCUUGGUGAAUAUGUUGAUGUGGAUGUACCAAAGCAAAUCUGCCAGUACCAGCACCUGGAUCUCAGCCAGUUUGAGGAGCACGUCUAUCACAGCCUUCAUGGAAACAACGAUCCUAAAGAUGGACCUGUGGGAGUCAAAGAGCUGAUUGACUGUUGAUGGAUGGAUAAUUCCAGGUUAAUUACAACCUACAGAAAGUCUGUAACUUUACAGCUAACCUUUGUUUCCUUGUUGCCAUGUUCCCAGAUCUCACCUAUUAACCUGAUGAGAUAUGCGUUAUGUGAUAUGAGGCAACACUAAGUCCCAGGUUGUAAUGAAUAGUGAAUUUAAGCCAAGCUCAUUCAAAAGUUAGUGAUUAAGGAUCUGAAGUCAAGUUGCUAUAGUGUUAAUUGUUGCUGUGUUUGGUUUUCACAUUCUGAGGAGGACUCUCUUGAGUUGACAAAAUCCGCAAAGAAGAGCUGACUGCAUGUGUUACCUACUG